CACCAUCAGCUUCUGUCUGCUAGAGGAAACGACUGCAGCCGGUGUGAGCAGUAACAGUAACCGGACGCACCUCUGGACAACAUCCACGAUGUGAAGCUGCAGGAACCAAACCGUGAAGAGGUGUUCUGCGUCUGCGUGUGCGGGAUAUUCACCGCAUAAACCUUUUACAAAACCCAAACGCACAGGAGAUGAGAUGAUCUGAGAUGAGAGCGGUGUCCUGGCGAUGCGCACUACACACACUCACAUGAAAUCGGAGCGUCACGGAGGCUGAGCGGUUCCUGGGGUACGGGAAGAGAUCCGGACCCACAACAUUAAAGGAAUCCCCCUCCACACACACACACACACACACACACACACACACACACACACACACACACACACACACACACACACACACACACACACACACACACACACACACACACUCAUCACGCAAAGCUGAUAGAGAAAGUUUCCUGAUGGCCCUUGUCAUGGAACCUGUGAGCAAAUGGAGUCCCAUUCAAGUGGUGGACUGGAUGAAAGGACUGGACGACUGUCUGCAGCAGUACAUUAAGAACUUCGAGCGAGAGAAAGUAGGAGGUGAUCAGCUGCUCCGCAUCACCCAUCAGGAGCUGGAGGAUCUCGGCGUGUCACGGAUCGGACACCAGGAGCUCAUCCUGGAGGCGGUGGACCUGCUGUGUGCUCUGAAUUACGGACUCGAAACGGAGAACCUGAAAACCCUGUCUCACAAACUCAACGCUUCGGCAAAGAACCUGCAGAACUUCAUCACGGGCCGCAGACGAAGCGGACAUUACGACGGCAGGACAACACGGAAACUCCCCAAUGACUUCCUGACGUCUGUCGUAGACCUGAUCGCUGCCGCCAAGAGUCUGCUGGCCUGGCUGGAUAGGUGCUACUUCUUUUUCAGGUCUCCUUUUGCUGCAGUGACGGAUUAUUCUGUGACGAGGAACAACGUGAUCCAGCUGUGUCUUGAACUCACUACCAUCGUACAGCAGGACUGCACUGUUUAUGAGACGGAGAAUAAAAUCCUUCAUGUGUGUAAGACCCUAUCUGGGGUGUGUGAUCACAUCAUCUCUCUCUCUUCGGACCCUCUGGUGUCUCAGUCAGCUCAUCUCGAGGUAGUCCAGCUGGCCAACAUCAAGCCCAGUGAGGGACUGGGCAUGUACAUCAAAUCCACAUAUGAUGGGCUUCAUGUUAUUACUGGAACAACUGAGGGAUCUCCAGCAGAUCGCUGUAAGAAGAUCCACGCAGGUGAUGAGGUGAUCCAGGUGAACCAUCAGACAGUGGUGGGCUGGCAGUUGAAAAACUUGGUAAACUCCCUGCGUGGUGACCCUGGAGGGGUGAUGCUGACUCUGAAAAAGCGUCCCCAGAGCACGCUCACCUCGGCCCCGGCCCUGCUUAAGAACAUGAGGUGGAAGCCCCUGGCCCUUCAGCCUGUCGCUCCCAAGAGCCCCACUAGCAGCUCAGCCACGCCCACCAGCACCAUCAGCACGCCCACCAAACGGGACAGCUCCGCCCUCCAUGACCUGUACAUCCCGCCCCCUCCCCCUGAGCCCUACACACCCAGGGAUGAGCAGGGAAAUCUUCCCAGUGAUGAUCGAGGUCAGGGACUUCCUACAGCAAAAGGCUCUGAGUCUCCGAACUCCUUCCUGGAUCAAGAAUAUCGUCGUCACUUCCCUCUGAUGGAGGAUGAAGCUGUACUCUACUGUUACGAUUACGAGCCAGGACGUGGACACCCACCCUCUCGCAGAGAUGCCACACCCACUUAUGGUCGUUUAAGGCCAAUCUCUAUGCCUGUAGAGUAUAACUGGGUCCCCGACUAUGAAGAUCCGGCCAGACUGAAGAGAGAGGGCAGGAGAGAUAACUCGAUGCUCCGCUACAUAAACGAAGAGAAGGUUCCAGAGGAAUAUCUGACCGGACGCAGCGCUAAACGUGACACGGGCAAACGGACUAAGAAGAAAAGCGAGAAGAGCGGUAGCCCCUCCCACUACGGCCUGCUGCCGGCCCUACAGAUGGAGGUCCUGCGUCAGGAGUCCAUGUCCACCCCGAGCUCGGACUCCACCUCACUGUACCACUUUGGGAACCAAAAGACAUUCCAGGGAUCCUCCCUACUAUCAAAAUCCAAGAAGAAAAACAAAGGCGCGACCUUGUCCUCCAUCAGCAAGAGGAGAAUCUCCUGCAAGGACUUGGGUCGAGGAGACUGUGAAGGCUGGCUCUGGAAGAAGAAGGAUGCCAAAAGCUACUUUUCCCAAAAAUGGAAGAAGUACUGGUUUGUCCUAAAGGAUGCCUGCCUCUACUGGUACAUGAACGAGGAGGAUGAGAAAGCUGAAGGGUUCGUCAGCCUCCCGGAGUUCAAAAUCGACCGCGCCAGCGAGUGCCGCAAGAAGUAUGCUUUUAAAGCGUGUCACCCCAAAAUCAAGAGCUUCUACUUCGCAGCCGACGGAGUGGACGACAUGAACAGGUGGCUGAGUCGGCUAAACAUGGCGGCCGCCGGCUACGCUGAGAGAGAGAAGAUUCGUCAGGAGCAAGCUGAUUACUGGAGUGAAAGUGAACAUGAGGACAAUGAAACCCCGUCCACGCCGAAGCAGGACAGUCCACCACCACCAUACGACACGUACCCCCGCCCCCCCUCAAUGACCUGCGCGAGUCCGUACCCGGGUUCCAAACACAGCCGGCUGUCAUCCACCGAAACCUCACACUCACGCUCGUCUCAUGAGGAGUACCGCUCGGAUCCUCCUGGUGGUGGGGGUAGCAGCAGCGGUGGUGGUUCUCCGGCCCGGAAGUCUGCGAGUCAGCGGCGUUCGUGGCAGGACCUGAUUGAGACGCCGCUCACCAGCUCGGGGCUCCACUACCUGCAGACGCUGCCUCUGGAGGACGCUGUGUUUGUUGAGCCGGGCAACACGAUGUCCCCCGAGCGCCGCCGCCAGUCCACGCUUCCCGCCCAGCGCACGCUUCUGCAGGAGCACUACGGACCCUUCGACAUGCUUGAGGGUGAGCGUCUACGAGACCCUGUGGCAGGUGGAGGGAAACCCCGCAGCUUCACACUGCCACGCGACAGCGGCCUGCACGCGCUCCUCUCACCAUCCACUAGCAUGGCAGAGCAACGGGAUCCUGCACACAGAGGUGACGGCAUGGAGCAUGAGCGUCGGUGCCAUGCCGACUCUCUGGGAGAUCUGUACCGGGCGCUAGAGCGUGCCAGUGUGUCUCCUCUGGGUGAUCCACGUCUCUCCACCCAUCUCGAGUACAAGCACUCGUUUGUCCGCAGAUGCAACGACCCGCUGCUCAACGACAAAGUUCACCGCCUGCGCAUCCUGCAGAGCACGCUCAAGGACAGGGAAGGCGAGAUAGCAGUGAUUGACAAGCUGCUGGACAAACCCAAGCUCACAUCCUCCGACUUCCAGGAGUGGAAGAGAACGUACAUGGAGCUGUUCUCAGCCGAAGACAAGAAGGAGCGGCAGCCUAGUCCGCUGUCAGAGCCGAGCCCGGCGUCCACUCCUGAACCCACGCCGCGCACGCCGUCCCUCUCACACACACACUCCUACAUCGAGACUCAUGUCUGAAUCACUCACACACACACACACACACACACACACACACACACACACACACACACAUUAUCAGGUUGUAAGUGGCUCGUCUCAGAACCUUACUCUACCAGUACUGUAGGUUUAUUUAUACUUCAGCUCUGUGUGAAGACACCUGAUGGUGUAACGAUUAGGUAAUGAUGGAGUAAGUUUGGAUGUGAUGGAUAAAAACAGUUUGGAGAGGUUUUCCAUCCUGUGUGUCUCAUCUGUACAGCAUUACUGUUACUCUCUCUAUUCCACAUCUGCCCUUAGUCGUCUGUUAUCGGUUCAUUUGGUGUCGAUUUACUGACGUAGUUUUUGUAGGGACACUUGUGGAAAAGCUGCUCUGUGAAACUCAAAUGACACACUAGAGACGAUAGAGCUUACUCAAACAAACAAACAAACAAACAAACAAACAAACAAACGAUAGCAUAUUCCUUUAAUUGUGUUAUCUAAUAGACACAUGCAAACAAACAAACAAACAAACAAAC